CUGGAUACGAGGACGGCUGCCUUGAUUUUAGCUUCCUUAAUAACAUUAUCUUUGUAAACUUCGCCUACCAAACAACAACACCGUUGUGAAAAUGAUAUUUGGGUAUUUUUACUGCCCAAAAAACUGAAACUUAAAGUUAAAUCGACUAGCUUUUAUCAAAAUGUUCAAAAAAUUCAACUUCAGAAGAGGCAGAGACAAAGACUUUAAGCACAUAGCUCACGGUCUGAUCCCGGCCGCCUCCAUCGCCCCUAAAGCAGCCGUACCUCGCACUCCUCCCCCCCGCAGCCCAAACCCUUCACCUGAGAGACCCAGGUCGGCCUUAGCAGCUGCCAUUUUAUCGUCGUCCCUCACUGGACAGACGUGGGCCAUCCCUCCCGUACGGCCCAGAUCCUUCUCUGAGUUCGAUCGGUCAGAGUCCUUCAUAUCUGAGCCAAACUUCAACACACAUUACAGAGACAGAUGGUCGGAGGAUUUGGACUCCCGGCCUCGUCUCUCGUCCCCCGACCAGUCGGAGGGCGAGUUUGAAGACCGGGAAGAGGAGCUGGAGAGUGAAGAAGAUGAGGAGGAACACGUCUACCAAACUCUGGAGAGAGAAAAUUUUACGUUGCCAAAAACUGUCCGUGACCUGGGACUAAAAACAAAGUCCGGUUCUCCUCCGCCAGCUCAGAUGUCUGCCAGACGCGUCCCGUCUCCAGAUCUCACUGAGGGAUCCAGUGUCCCGUCUCCCGAAGCCCCGGAGGAGAGAGCGUCUGCUGGAAAGAGCCCUGACGACUGGAAGGAUGAUGUGCCAUACGCUGUUGUUGCAGGUAUGCCGCCAAUUCCCAGCAACGACCGCGGCAGAAGCCCCCGGCCCGUCACCCGCAUGUCUGCGGAGCGCGGCAAGCUCUACAGCGAGGUGCGGAGGGAGAAGAAAACAAGGAUGAUGGAGGAACAGAAGCAUCUGGAGGAGAGAUUGCAGCGCCUGGAGCAGGAGAUCAGUCACAGCCAGGCUUCCUCAAACCCCCGGUCUUCUGCAGGCAGCCAGGCGGAGCUGCAGAGUUUGAGACGUCACGCUCAGGAGCUGGUGGACGAGAACGAUGCUCUGAAGCUGACGGUCCACCGUCUGAAUGUGGAGCUGAGCCGCUACCAGGCCCGGUUCAGACCGUUGUCCCAGCAGGAGAGCUCCACAGUGGGUGGAUUGCCCAAGUCAGGUUCUCCUCCUCCGUGGCUGCUUGACAUGAAGUAUUUAUGCCCUUUACUGCUGGCUUAUGAAGACCGGAUGAGUGAGAAAGAUGCACUCCUGAAAACCACUGAGGAGGAGGUGAAGAAGUUGCGUUCUCACGUAGAGGAAGUGGUCAAAGAGAACGAGCGACUCCAUGAUGAAAUCACCAACACGGGAGCGGUCGGCCAGAAGGACAGUCAGCUGCUUCAGCAGCAGGCCCUCCUGGUUCUGCAGGAGAACCAGGUUCUGAUCGAUCAGCUGGAGGCUCAGCAUGUGAAGGCCAAAGCCAAUCACAGCAGACACGAGACCGAAGUAUUGAAGGUGACGAAGCAGCUGAUGCUGCUGGAAGCGGAACGGGAGCGUCUGCAGGAGGAGCUGGCUGAGAGCAGGAGGGAGGAGCAGAGACUCAUGAAGGAGGUGCAGACGCUGCAGACGCAGCUGAAGGAUUCCAUCACCUGGGACGAACACUGCCACGUCGCUGCCAAACUCAGAAGGCAGCUGGAGCAGCAGGAGAGCUGCAGCAGGAGCGAGAGGGAGGAACUACUGCUGAGAAACUCCAGGACGCAGGAGGAGAACCGGAGUCUGGCUCUGGACAAGGCAAACCUGGCUGCAGAAAUAAAGACGGUGACAGCCGAGCUGGAGCGCUGCAAACAAGCCAACAGGAGUGCUGAGAGGAAGAUGAGUACGCUGAAGAAACAGAGAGAAGCGUGUUUGUUGCAGGAGGAAAGCACUCGACAUUACCUUGGAGCUGUGAUUUCUGUGACAGAGAUUAUUUCCAAGGACAGAGACCAGCUGUUACACACGGCCUCAGCUCUUCAGGAGGAGAAGGACGGAUUCACCAGCAGGAUCAUGAACGGCACGGCUCGAUUUGGGAAAUUACAGCAAGACGUCAAAGAGUACCGGAGCAAGGCUUCCAGCAGGCUGACGGAGCUGCAGGAGGCGCUGCAGGGCAGGGAGGCGUCGUACCGGAGGGAGAUCCUCCACCUGCAGAGGCUGCUGGGAGAAAGACAGGAGGCUGAAGAAAAACUGCUGCAGUCCAGACGGGACCUGGAGGAGGAGCUGGAGACGGUGUGGCAGGCAGCGACCCGGGAGAACCGGCGGAUCCGGGAGGAUCUGCUGGACUCUGGGCUGGGGGGGGCCCUGGGGGGCCGGGGCCCCGAGGAGGGCCCUGCCAGUCCUGGCCCCGCCCCUGCUGGCCCCGCCCCCCAGGAGGCCACGCCCUCCCAGCACCAGCAGAAACACGGGCUGGAUUUCUACUGCUGAUCAGGAGAAAAUGUUAGAAUAACCCUUUAAAAAUACUUUAUAACCCACUUUAAUUUAUCUGUGUGGCCAAAGACGUUUUUUCUUGUUUGUCUUUAUAAAAUAGUCUCAGGUUUUGAUCAAUCUGCCAAGUGCAAGAUCUUCAAAGUUACACUCUUUAUUGGGGAAAGUUGCAAUAUUGAAUGCUAAAUCCUUUGCGGUGACGAGCAGCGCCCUCUAGUGGACACGCGUGGUAACUGCACCGUGGCUGCAGUUGCAGGUGGAGGCCGACAGGGGGCGCUGGACGCGCUUAGAUGAGCUUAGCCAGAGAUGCUGUUGAAAGUUUACAUUAUAACUGUCAUUUCUGUUCUUGUAAUACUUUUUAGACACAUAAAAAUAAAAAUGUUUGUAUUAUAU